GAAUGUGUAAAUUAUCGACGCAUUACCAAUGCUGACAGAAAAGUCACGAACGGAAAAGUUUCAGUGCAAUGUGACAAAACAAUAGACACCGCAUGGUACAGGUUCGAAGGCGCGGCAGGGACAAGGAUGCCGACGUCAUGUCCGCCUUUAUAUAAGUGUAACACAAACGCUCCCGGCUGGCUGAGGGGCGGACACCCUAGCGUGGCAGAUGGUCAGGUUACUAGAAAGGCGUGUUUUCACUGGUCAUACUGUUGUUCUCUCUCUACCAACAUCAAAGUAAGGAACUGUGGUUCCUAUUAUGUCUACUACCUCAAGAGUACUGGAAGUUGCUGGUAUCGCUACUGUAGUACCGACUAA